AAAGUGGUGAAGAAAUAUAUAGUUUAAAAAAAACUAUGCUCAUACGUGAAAAGUAAUUAUUAUAAGUCAAUUUCAUUACUACGUUUUUAGAAUCUUCGAUCAUCAUUGUUAUCUGAUAAGUUUGAAAGUAAAUAGUAAUAAUAAUGGGUGGGUUUUUUUCUAAAAGUAAGAAACCUGUGAGUCGUAUAACUCCACAAGACAAAGCAGUUUUGGAGCUUAAACAACAGAGAGAUAAACUGAAACAGUAUCAGAAGAAAAUUGAAAUAAAUUUGGAAAGGGAUCGCCAAUUGGCUAAAAAACUUUUAGCCCAAGACAAACGUGAUAAAGCGAAAUCGUUAUUGAAGAAAAAGAAGUACCAGGAACAACUUUUAUUAAAUGCAGACAUACAGUUGGAAAAAAUAGAACAGCUCACCCAUGACUUAGAAUUCACACAGAUAGAGAUACAGGUACUGGAUGGACUGAAAACUGGAAAUGAAGCACUUAAGAAGGUGCACGCUAUAUUGAACAUUGAUGAAAUUGAAAAGAUAUUAGACGAAACUAAGGAAGGAAUUGAAAAACAAAGGGAAAUAGAUGAGCUUAUAUCUGGGCAAUUGACCGAAGAAGACAAUGAGGCUAUUGAGGCAGAACUAGAAGACAUGCUCGAUGUGAAAGACCAGUUACCUGAAGUUCCUAUGGAUGAAAUUCCAGAAACCGAAAAGGAAGACAUUCCAGAGAGGCCAGAAAGAGUCAAAGCACCAAAAAUUGCCCUUGAAGCUUAACUUGAGCAUUAAUUAAUAAUAAUUGUAUAAUUGUAAUAUUGUACAUACUAAGCAAAUAA